GCGUUUCACAGUCGUUCUUCUGGCCUCUCGCAGGCUGACGACGAGGAUUGCAAGGCGAGAAGACACGAGAAACGCAAAUUCCUCGUUCCCCGACCGGACCUCGCCAUUCCUGCAUUCCUGCAUGGCCGGCUCCCACGCCUGCGGGUCUAAUGCAUCACGUUAAGAGCUCCGAGGCUCCGCUCGAGCUGCAACACCCGCCUCCAGCACCUCAUGCUUCUCAUGCGACCCUGAUCUCAUUGCGAGAUCGCAGAACCUCGCUGCAUCCACUGAAGCAGAAUCCGCCUUCAAUAUUGGAGGACAUCGCAACUUUCGACGACAUCGAUAUCCAUGAUCCAAUCAGACCGCCGCCUUCCGCAUUGACUUCGACGGCUGCGACUGCAUACGACCCACACGGCCAGUCGCCCUCUCCACUCGAGGAUUACGCACCCUCAGCUCGUUUCGGUCACCAGCGAUCCCUGACAGGCACCUUCUUCGACAACUGCCAGCCGCUCAUCAACCGCGCAACAUCUACACUACAGCAGCAUACUUCACGAGCAUCACUCCACUCGCCGACCAAGUCGCUGGCCAGCUUCAUUCCCUCCAGGACCGUCAUCGAGUCGACUGCUAGCCAGCCAAAAUUCAGAGCCGGCGCGAAAGCGAUCCACAACUGGUUCAACGGGGCGAGUUCGCCAGUCAAUCUGGGCCUAGCGAGGGAAGAGUCUGACGACGAUUACGAUUCUGAGGAGGACGAGGAAGAGGAGGGCAACAUGAUGGCCGGCAUCUUCAACCGCGGGUCAGCAUUGACACGCUCAUCCGCAGAGACGCCCAAGCAGACGCAGACUGUAGCUCAAAGGCCACAGAUCCAAUCGGCCGCCAGUAGUAGAUUCGCAUGGCUCCUGUCGACACAAAAGAACGCCGCACUCCCUCCUUCCGUCCCAUCUCCGACCUACCACAACCCCUCAGACGAACUGCUCGAUCUCAACAUCUCGCAAGCCCUCUUCCCGCAUGGGCCGAUUGAUCCCCUAGCCCCGUCCUCCUUCAACGACCUCCUAUCAAACGCCGAAUCGCUCCUCUCCCGCUACCAGACAUCCUACCGCCAGCUCUCCACCGCUCUCGUAGACGCCCGAGCCGAACAAAGUGCACAAGAUGAUGAGCUUGACGAAGCAGAUACACGGAUUAGGCAUCUGAAGUCGCAGCUAGAGACAAUGGCUUCGCGGGCUAGCGAGCAGGACGAACAAAUGCGGAGACUAAUGGAGGAGCUCAUGUUCGAGCGACGGGCUAGACUAGAGGAGGAAGCUGCGCGGAAGAGGAGCCUUUCGUUAGUGAAGGGCAGAGCCGGUCUUGAGCACGGUAAAUAUCAGGACACGCAGAGCCCAAGGCGGCGGAACCGGAUAUCGAACUCCGACGUCAGCGUCGAUUCUGGAUUCGAAUCGGAGUGCGAUACGGAUGUUGCCAGUAUCUUCUCGAGGACGAAUUGCUUGAGUCCCACAGGGACUGACUUGUCCUCCACGGUCGAGACGGAUGAUCGCGACACCACACCUAAAGGCAAGAAGCCACAGCCCCUACAACGGAGAAGUACAUACGACAAGGUUCGAGACGGCACAGUUAACCUCGAGAAAGGCGGUUGGGGUUGCACAAAUUGCGAAGGGGGUUCGCAAUCCUCAGUAUGGGGCCGUUUGGCAAGGGAGCGAGAAGAGAAUAGCACGCUGAGGAGACGAGUCACGGAACUGGAAGACGCUGUCGAAGGGGCGCUUAAUGUAGUCGACGGCCCAUGGGGGGUGUAAGGGUGGCCUUUAUCUUAUGCAUACUUCCGGAAGAACAGGUUUUAUGAUGAGGCGGCUUUCAGCCAAGUUGGAGGCAUCAUUGGCAUCUAUCGUCAGCAAAUUGGAGAGACACUGUUAGCGCAGAACGUUCGGAUCUAGCAUCCAUGACACAUGACAUCAUUCAACGAUAAGCAUUUGGACUACUCACAAACGCGAG